ACACACGUACAUAUUGUGUACGAUGGUGAACGGCGUGAUCGGCGAUCGAAAAACGAAAACAUCUGCACACCAUUUUGGGGAAAAAAUCGAUCUCAAGAGUCAAGACAGUUCGUAUUUAAAGUUUAAACAAUUCUGACGUAAAAAAGAUAAAAAAAAAAGAACUAAAACCGUGAUAAAUAAAAAGAUGUCGUCUUCUCCAUCGUCACGGUCGAAAACGGAAUCGGUAGAGGCAAAGGUGGCCAAGUUCGAGAUGUUCAUCAACGAUGUCCUCAAAGACAGCCUAAAGCAGAUCUCUACCGCUCUGGAUGUGAUCAACGAACAAAUUGCGGAACUGGAAGACGUGCGCAAUACCGUGGAGACAAUGAGUCGGUUAGCAUGCGAACUUCCAGCCGGCAAACCAUUGAAGACUCGUGUCAAUGUGGGAUGCGAUUUCUUCAUGCAGGCCAACGCGGACGUCCAGACGUUCUUGGUAUGCGUGGGUUUGGGCUAUUAUGUUGAGUACUAAGAUGAGACACUGGCGCAUGUCCAGAUCCGAACCAAGUUGCUCAAGGAACGGGCGGAUGAGCUCCGCGACAAGGGGGCCCGAGUACGAGCUCAAAUCACCCUAGCCCUGCACUGCAUACAGGAAGUGCAAGGCUUAUAGUGAUAAUAUAGUUAAUGCAUGCAGGCAGCCAUAUUAUAAAAAGCUACAGCGAUCGACUGAUGCAUAUAAGCGAUGGCAGCUAUACUGAACAUGCAUACGUUAACGAAGCUAUACUCAUUUAUCGCUUCGUUAUAUUUUUAAAAUGUCAUUCAAAUAAAAUAUUUAAUAUUGUAUAGGCACAUUUUUUUUUAUUAUAAUAUAUUUUUUGAAUCGUGA